CCAGGCUUCGCUCCCUUCGACGCCGCCGGUCGGGUCGGAAAGAGGCGAAGCUGGGAGAGAGCGAGGGAGGCGGGAGGAAGUAAUGAUGCUGAGUUUCUUUCGACGAACACUUGGGCGCCGGUCUAUGCGCAAACAUGCUGAGAAGGAGCGGCUACGAGAGGCUCAGCGAGCUGCAACUCAUAUUCCUGCUGCUGGAGACGCAAAAUCCAUAAUUACAUGCAGAGUUUCUUUACUGGAUGGGACUGAUGUCAGUGUGGACUUACCGAAAAAAGCCAAAGGACAGCUUCUGUUCGAACAGAUCAUGUACCAUCUGGACCUCAUAGAAAAUGACUACUUCGGACUGCGGUUCAUGGACUCUGCACAAGUGGCACAUUGGUUGGACAACACAAAGAGUAUCAAAAAACAAGUUAAAAUUGGUCCACCAUACUGUCUUCAUCUUCGUGUAAAGUUUUAUUCCUCUGAGCCAAAUAACUUGCGUGAAGAACUCACAAGGUAUUUAUUUGUCCUUCAGUUAAGACAAGACAUUCUGAAUGGCAAGUUGGAAUGUCCAUUUGAAACAGCUGUGCAGUUGGCAGCUUACAUGUUACAGGCUGAACUUGGUGACUAUGACCCUGCUGAGCACAUCCCAGACAUAGUGUCAGAGUUCAGAUUUAUGCCUAACCAGACUGAAGAGAUGGAAGCAGCCAUCUUUGAGAAGUGGAAAGAAUACAGGGGACAAUCACCAGCUCAGGCAGAAACAAAUUAUUUGAACAAAGCGAAAUGGCUGGAAAUGUAUGGUGUAGACAUGCAUAUAGUUAAGGCAAGAGAUGGUAAUGAUUAUAGCCUUGGACUAACACCCACAGGAGUUCUUGUAUUUGAAGGAGAAACCAAGAUUGGCUUGUUCUUCUGGCCAAAGAUAACCAGGCUGGACUUCAAAAAAAACAAAUUAACUCUAGUGGUGGUUGAAGAUGAUGAACAGGGUAAGGAGCAAGAACAUACCUUUGUCUUUAGGCUGGAUCACCCCAAAGCCUGCAAACACUUGUGGAAGUGUGCAGUUGAGCAUCAUGCCUUUUUCCGCCUCCGAGGACCUGUCCAAAAAGGUUCUAGUCGAUCAAGCUUCAUUCGGCUGGGGUCACGGUUCAGAUACAGUGGGAAAACAGAGUACCAAACAACAAAAACCAACAAAGCCAGAAGAUCAGCAUCUUUUGAAAGAAGGCCUAGCAAACGAUAUUCAAGGAGGACACUACAAAUGAAAGCAAAUCUUAAGCCUGAAGAAGCCAGCCUUCCAAAUAAUGCUUUAAGCCAAAGUAACGGAUUACAGCAAAACUGGAAUGCUAUGCCAGCCUUGCCCUCUGCAACAGCAGUUUCUCCUGGCCCAACCUUAGUUGAAAUAGAAAAUCUUCCAACGAGUCCUGGGACCAGCCAGCAAGACAAGAAAUGCAUACCUUUGGUGAUUGGUUUAUUGGAUAACAAGGACUUGUUGGAAACAUGUAUUGACGCUGCUGUUGGCUUGCCUUCAGCCGGAGAGUCAGCUGGAACUGUGGAAGAGGCAGGCCUUAAUUUCUUUGGCCACGACACAAAAGAGCACCCUUCGGAGAAGGUGGAUCCUAUUGCUGAGGAUGCAUCACUGAAACUGAAGCAGCUGGAAGUAGAAAUUAGCCCAGUUCCAGUUCCUCACUCCAAUAUAAACAUCAACGUCAACAAACAGGAGGAGGUGGUGAAACUGACAGAGAAAUGUUUGAACAAUGCAAUUGAGAGCCCUGGGAGUGCUUCUGGACAGCUGCCUCUAGAUCUCAAGAGCAAUAUCUUGAAGGCUCAAGCUGAGGCAGGACACAAAGAAAGAGCUGCAGUUCAGAUCACAAGGAAGGAUAGCAUGUCUGGCAACAAGAACACUAAUGUACAAGAUGCUGCUUCCAGGAACGUUCUUCUGACAGGAAAAAUUCAGAACAGCCCGCUACGAGCCCACAGCCCAGUGUUCCAGGAGGCAAGAGAAGGCCUGACAGCAAUCCCUGUCUUGAAUGCUUUUGUUCUGAAUGAAUUAAAGGAGGAUAAUGCUACUGCCAGCCCUGAAGAUUUGUUGAGUCCUCCUAACCUGGUUCCUGCAGAGGAGGCUGAUGUUUUAAUGAACUCCCCAGAGGACUUGGAGAUUUUGUUGACAUCACAGGCUGAAAACCUCAUUGAUUUUACAGAAGCCAUGCCUCGGGUGUCAUCUCCACCCACAAUUGUGCCCAGGUGGUUAGUGCCAACUGGAUUCACUUCCAAUGGACCUUUGGGGAAUGAUUUGGCCUCAGCUCUCAAGACAAUGAAAGGCAGCACAGGGACGUUGGCUGCCUCCUCACCUUCACUAUAUUCACCUGAAAAGAUGGCCAGUCCUGUGACUGAGGAUGCUGCAAAAAGGCCAAAAUGUUUACUCACUACUGAACUCUGAGUUUUGGCAAGUUUCAUCUUCCUAGCAUCAUCAGUGAGCCUUUCGAAAGGAUAUACCUGGAAUUAACCCCCCUGCUCAGACAAAAAUGCCUGACUGUUUUACUUGAGAUUCUUUCAACUGGAAUAAAGCAUAUUACUACUGGACGAAGAGCUGCUGGGAAGCUUGAGCACAUCUCACAAGUACACUGGAAUAAGUUCUGACAUGUAAUGAAAUCCAUGAGGUUUCCAUUCAUCACAGUGUUUCCUGUAAAAUGCUCUUGUUUCCUUAUAAGUAGAAAUGGAAAGUGGUCACUGCUGUGAGACAGUUAACUUUUAUCUGGUUCAUAAUAUUGCAACCCAACAAUGGGGAGGAUUAGAAAUUCUAGGGCCAUCUGCUGGCUGUUGGUAUAAAAGCCAAGUAGUAGCAGUAGCAUUUUGAGAGCAACACACACAUCCCUCCUUUUCUGAUUGAUCAUCUCCUCUGAUUCCUGCUUUUGUACCAAUAUCGGACAAAUGUUCAUGGCCUUAAUCCACUUUCUAGACUUUGCACAUUUUUUAUAAUGUAUGGAAGAACUGAAAUGCAGCACCUUGACAGCAGUUUAUCCCACUAGCAGGCUGUUCUCUUAAGUAGCUAGGGAGGAGGAGAAUUCAUCUACCAAACUACUGAAGGCAGGUGGAGCAGUCCCACAUUUACCAUUCUGACAAAGAUCUAUCUGCAGUACUAUAGGGUAGGCUAGAAUAUGUUGUCUACUGGAUUUAAGAAUGAAGGACAUGUCGGGCGAGGAGUAUGAUAGAAAUGUCAUGGACUGAUAUGCAUUAGAACUGUACUGUUUUCCUGUGUGAUUUUCUUCAGCUAAGUAUACAGACAUCCUCACCAACCUACUUCAAAUCAGAGUGAUCAUUGGGCAUUUGGGGAAAGGGCCCUUCUGAACAUUAAAGUGCUUUGGACUUUGUUUGGGACCAAUAAUGAAACUUUUUUCUGCCACAAACUCAGGAAGAAUGUUAUUUGUUAAUUAGUCUUUAGCAUUUUUUGUUUGUAAUCUGACAAGACCCUUGACCAUUGAAUAAGAACAGCAAAACCUGGCAUGCGCAGUCAGGAGGACACAAUUUCCAUGUUUUGCAUUCAGUAACUAGUCAAAUGCUUUGGCUCAUUUUCAAAAUAGAAAGGCAAGAUGUCAGACACAUUCAUUGCAAUGCUUAUAGAGGUGCCCAGCUGUGAAGAUAGAUUGAAAAGGGUAUCGUUUUUCUGGAGUAUGCCCUCUUGAACCGUGAAUUUCUAGGAGUAAGCUGGUUUUCAAGACAUCAUUUGUGUUGCAGGAAGCUCCAUUUUUGUGCAAAACUGACUGUAUUAAACAAGAGAGAGACUCUUUCAGGAGAAACCAGUAUGACAAAAUGAUAAGAUGAAACUCUGGAAGGGAAAAUAAGUGUAAUGUGUAGGAGCUGCCUCUGUGCUUUGUGGUUUCAGAUUAACAGGGCAAUUUUAUGGAGGGUUACUCCAGUUUAAGCUCAUUGACUUCAAUGGUCUUAGACUGGAGUAACUUGCCAUAAGAUUGCAUCGUAAGAGUAACCAUCCCUAGUUUUCCAGUUUCACUUCUAUAAAGAGGAGGGGGGACUACCCCACUGGACCAAACCACUGUGCCAGCUGCUGGAUCACUCUUGUCUUUUGCUGGUGUUACUGUUUUCCUGAUAAGGAUAGCUGCUGAGCUUUUUAUCAGUUGUAUUGAAAAGAAAGCAGCUGUAAGAAUAAGUUUUUUUAAAAAAAGUUGCUUAGUGGGCAUUGGUGGGGGUGGCUAACCACUUUCUCUUUACUAGUAAGAAAGUUUUUGUCGUAUGUUUUCCAAAGUGAACUGUGGUUGUAAAACUGAAGUUACCUCAUGAACCUGACUGACUUUCUAAAGAAACUACUACAUUUUAGAUGUACUGGCACGAGCCCAUUUUAGUCUCAUUAAGUGACUUUUACGUUAACAAACAUCAGGUUACACAAUACAUUAAGAACCUUUUUAAAAAGCAAAGGCCUGGCUGCUGUUUAUUUAUCUGCUCUCAAGAAUGUAGCUUUACUCCUUUGAGGUACUUAAACCAUUGCAACUUCAGCUUGUUUAUAGAAUGUAAUGUGAUGACUUUUAAGUGAUUUUAUAUAUGUCAUAUGGCAGUUCUCAUUUUACUGACUGGUAAAAGGCUCCCCAGUUGCCAAAAGAGAAGGGAGUUUGUGGUCCCACUCUUGGUAUUUUGAAAUUGUGAAUGACUACUGAUUGCAAUAAACCCUGUUACUGUCCAGGAUAAUGAUCAAAUGCAUUGAAACCAACAGCUGUGCUUGUCUACCAUUUUAAUGCCUGACAGAAGAGCUUUGUGCAAAACACCAGACUCACUUUCCUGUAUUCAUGUUAUGUUAAACGUUAAGCUAUGUGACUUUAAACAAAACGUCCAGAAAUAUGCAACUGUUAUCCAGAAAUAAGAAAAUCUCUCUUUUUGUACAGGGGAAGUAGGGUAUGGAAUACCAUCUUUGUUGCCUCCCUGUUCACUGCAUUGGCAGAAAUUUUAGGCUUCAGAAGAAGUGGGGAGGUAAGAAAGUUGUGCUCUGUGGGUGGAAAGGCUUUUUGUCUGUGGAAACUCUCCACUGGAUUCAAACAAUCAUUUGAUGAUUGUAAGCUUUAAUAUAAAAACUUGAUAGUGUGAAAUAACUAUCACAGAACAUAGGCUUGGUUCACACAUGCAGGAGAAAAAGGCGGAACAAUGGACUUCAUCACUUGAGACCACAAACUGGGUAUUCCAAUUUUAAAUACUCAUUUGUAUAAAAGACUCCAUUCAAAUAGUAACCUACUACAGAAAAAAAAGGUUCUACUGUUUGUUGCUUUCUGUGCUGGUUUUCUAUUUGAAAGGAGUUUUUAACCUAGGAAAGCAUUCCAAGAUGUAGUAUUCCACUGGCAGUCUCAUGUGGUGCAGCCCAUUCUGUGCUUCAACCACCUCAUUCUUUUGCAUGCAUGAACCAGUAACUGAAGCAGACAAAACAUAUCCAAAUGUCUGAGAAGCAUUUGGGAAGAAGCUUUUGACCAGUUUCAUUCAUGCAAAAUAAUUACCUUAAUUAGAUAUAUUUCUUGAAUGUGUUUAAGUCCAAUACAUACACUUAGCAGGCACGUUAUCUCUUCCAUCAUGUACAUAAUGUAACAUGAACAUAUGAAACUGCCUUAUACUGGGUCAGUAUUGUCUGCUCUGACUGGCAUUGGCUGUCUAAGAUCUCAGGCAGAGAUCCUUCACAUCACCUACUACCUAAUCCUUUUAAUUAGCAAUGCCAGGGAUUGAUCCUGGGACCUUCUGUAUGCAAAGCGGAUACUCUGCCCCCCCCCUUGCCCCAGCACAGAUAUGUGAGGUGAUUAUUCCCAUAUUGCAUGAAAGAAUCUACAUAUAACAUUGUGCAAAUUAGACUUCUAUGAGUGUAUCCUCUAUAUGGAACACUGCCUCCAUGUUAUGUUGCAUACAUAGUGGAAGAAAGCAGCAUGUCAAGCAGAUCACAGCCAUAGCCUUAUAAAGACAGGAUGUCUCUUGUGAACACUGAGCAUCAACAUUCAUCCCCUUUGAAGCCUAAUAUGUACUCUAACUGUGAAAGUGGAGUUGGUGAGGCAUUAUAUUCCACAUGCCUGAAAAGGUGGGGAGGAUUCUAUUAUAGCACUGGCAGCAGACCAGUUGUUUUGGUUACUGGUUCCAUUCUCAUUUUUUUAACUGGACGAACUUACUUUAUAGUAUGUAAGAAUUAUUAUUUUUAGAAUAUUUUGAUUUUUUUAAAGCCCAAACACACUAACUCAGCUAUAUCUGUAAUCCAUUUUAAAUGAUGUAGAGCUUUACAGUAGCUCUAAGUAUAACUUAUUUGUUUUAUAUAUAUAUAUGUGCGUAGAAGGUGCACUGUGUUUCAUGAUAAGAUGUAUAAACUGUGCUAGAUUCACUGCACUGAGAACAUAUGGGAACAAGCACUGUGAUUUGUAGUGCAUUUCGAAUAAGUCACAACCUGUUUAUGCUGUAGACUAUUCUAUUUCUAAAUAUAAUACAACUGUGAAAAAA